AUGUCGGAACGCUCGCAAGCCAAAUCCAAGCACGUUUCCCGGGGUCCUCUGGAAAAUGUCGAUGCCCGCUGGACUCGAUUGGUCAGGACAACCUACACAGAUCCCUUAGGUGUUGAGCGCACCUGGGAGUCCGCGGAACGGCAGACUCGUCCCGCCAAUUGCGAGAUCGAUGGCGUUGGAAUUGUCACUAUCCUGAACAAGCCCACGGGGCCUGAAUUACUUUUGCAAAAGCAAUACCGUCCUCCUAUCGACAAAGUCGUCAUCGAAGUACCUGCCGGCCUGAUCGAUGCCGGGGAAACUCCCGAGCAGUGCGCGGUUCGCGAACUCAAGGAGGAAACGGGCUACGUGGGUGUGGCGGAGCUGACGAGUCCGAUCAUGUACAACGAUCCCGGUUUUUGUAACACGAAUUUGAACAUGGUCCAUGUCCGCGUGGACAUGAGUCUGCCGGAGAAUCAGAAUCCUAAGCCGGAACUCGAGGAUAACGAGUUUAUCGAGUGUUUCUCCGUGCCGAUGGCUUCGCUGUAUGAGGAGAUGAAGAGGCUUGAGCGGGAGGGGUAUGCUAUUGAUGCUCGGGUUGGCACUCUUGCUGAGGGAAUGGAGUUGAUGAAGAAGUGGAAGCUGUGA